AUGCUCCAUCGGGCUUGCUAUCUGUUCUAUUUCACGUGGAUUGGAAGUGCCUUCACGGGGGCAUUUACGCUGCCUCCUCCAAUUUUUAGCGCAAGAGUUACCCCCACAUUUUCAUCGGCCGUCUAUUCUUCUUCUGCCGCCACGGAAGAAGAAUCUGCCGUCAAGAAGACUACUAAGAAACGACAAGAAGACUAUGCUCGGGGAGCCGCUCUGCUGCUGGAAAAUGUGGCCAUUUCACGAGGACCAGCCCAAAUAUUAAAGAGCAUUGAUUGGCGUGUGGAACCUCGGACCAAAUGGGCAUUAAUUGGAGGCAAUGGGUCUGGAAAAUCCACCCUGCUGAAAGCUGUGGCGGGAGAAAUCCUGUACGACGGAGACAUUCAUCUGGGCGGUGGGGAUAUUGGUUAUCUCCAGCAAACUGCCGUCAGUGGAUCCACCAAGACAGUCUAUGAGGAAGCCGCGUCUGGAAUGGUAGAAUUGCAGAAGGCCAAGGAUUAUCUGGAACGUAUACAACAACAACUUGCCAAUGCGGAUGAUGAUAAUGGUCAAGACAAUGAGAAACUGCUCCAGGAACUGGACCGAGCCAACACACUAUUUGAAGCAGCCGGUGGAUACACACAAGAACAAAAGGUUGCCACGGUUUUGAAAGGUCUGGGAUUUCAUGACUUGGAUAUACGCUGUGAUGAGUUGUCAGGAGGAUGGCAGAUGAGAGGAAAUCAUCUGGAUGCCGCUGCUAGAAAGUGGUUGGCCAAUUAUCUUGCCACCUACGAUGGUGACGGGACAAUGCUGUUGGUCACUCACGAUGUACAGUUGCUCGAGUCUAUGGAUCACAUUGCGGAAAUUACACCCACUGGCAAUCUACAAGUCUACAAAUCCUGUACGUACCCUCAAUAUUUGGAAUUGAAACAGCAACGAGCGCUGGCAUCGCGGGCAGAAUUCGAGCGCAAUCAGGUAAAGGCAGCCAAACUGCAAGGCUUUGUAGAUAAAUGGGGAGCAUCCGCUACCAAGGCAUCUGCGGCUCAAUCCAGAGUCAAACAACUCGAAAAGAUGGGGCGAGAGGGAUUGUUGGAUGAGCCGGAUGAAGCAAUCGUGGCGGAGCGGUUCAAACCGACACUGGUCUUGCCAGACCCUCCGCGCGCUAUCGGAGACACCUUGUUGGCUCUCAACGAUGCAUCGGUUGGAUACGACAAUGACAAACCCCUUGUGGAAGGGGUCAAUUUGGAAAUUGUGAGAGGAAUGAAAUUGCUUAUCCGGGGUCCCAAUGGAGCAGGGAAAAGCACAUUGCUUCAUUCGUUGAGAGGAACACUGCCUCUGAUUGAGGGAGAGCGGACCAAAAAUGCACAGCUUGAAUUGGGUGUUUUCACUCAAGACUUGGCCCAAGAGCUUGAUGGUGAAUCGAGGGCCGUUGACAUUGUCACACAGUAUGCCCGAACCGGAUUUGACGUCACUAUUUCGGAUGAACAAGCCAGAGGUGUCAUGGGUAGGUUAGGGCUGACAGGUGAAAAGGCGUUGCGCAGAAUCAAAGAGCUGUCAGGAGGCGAAAAGGCGCGAGUUGCUUUGUCAAACUUUUCCAUCAAACCAUCAAACUGCAUAUUGCUGGACGAAGUGUCAAAUCAUUUGGAUCAGGAAUGCGUGGAGGCACUCAGCGACGCCCUGACCGAUUGGGGCAAAGAUGAUGGGGCUGUUGUGGUGAUAUCUCACGACAAAGAAUUCUGUUCCAAGGUGGGUUUCACUCAUGUCGCCACGGUCUCAGAUGGCAAGUUCAAGCUAGAACAAAGAAGCAUGAGAAACGACGACUGGCAAGUAGUCAGAACGACAUUGGGUGAGACUGACAAGGAGGGAACCGAAACAGGGCAACCAGCCAAAGUUGAAGUCGAUCCAGCAAUUCGAAAGAAGUUGUUCAAUGCACCUAAAAGAAUAUCAAAGUUGGAGGAACUGCUAGAAAAGACCGAGGAAGAAAUCGCGUCUCUGGACGAAGAGAUGUUAGCCAACGGGAGUGACGUGGGAAAGCUAGUCGACCUAUCCAAGAAGAAGGAAGAGCUGGAAGCAAAGGUCGAAGAGUACAUGGAGGAGUGGGAAGAGUUGGAGAUGCUCCUGGCAGAAUCACAGUAG